GAAAUAUUUUAGUGAAAAUGUUAACGAUAAUGGUGAAAUUGAAACUAAUUACUACGAAGUGGUUGAAAGUUUCGAUGAUCUUGGUUUAAAGGACGAUGUAUUGCGUGGCAUUUAUCAAUAUGGUUUUGAGCGGCCAUCUGCUAUCCAACAACGGGCAAUUUUGCCCUGCCUUCAGGGUCGGGAUAUAAUCGCCCAAGCGCAGUCGGGAACGGGAAAAACAGCCACAUUUACCAUUAGCAUUUUAGAAAAAAUUGUACCCUCUCUUAACAAGUGUCAGGCUUUAGUUCUCGCACCAACGCGUGAAUUAGCCAAGCAAAUUCAAUCCGUAAUCCAAAAAAUUGGCCACCUUUUGAAAAUAAACUGCCAUCUCUGCAUUGGUGGAACGAUCAUGUCGGAUGAUAUUAGUGAACUUUGCAAAGGAGCACAGGUUGUUGUUGGCACUCCUGGCCGUGUAUUAGACAUGAUGAACAGGAGGUUCCUCUGCACGGAUUAUAUUAAAAUGUUUGUACUCGACGAGGCUGACGAAAUGCUUUCCCGUGGCUUUGAAGUUCAAAUCAAAGAGAUUUUUGGUCAUCUACCCGAAUCGUCUCAAAUUAUUCUUCUCUCUGCUACAAUGCCACCUGAAAUCUUUGACAUCAUCAAUCAAAUGAUCAAGGAUCCAGUCAAAAUCCUAGUAAAGAAAGAGGAUCUUACAUUGGAUGGUAUCCGUCAAUUCUUCAUCAAUGUCCACUCUGAACAAUACAAAUUGGACACGUUGAUUGAUCUGUACAAGAUUGUUGAUCUCGGUCAAGUUGUCAUUUUCGUCAAUACCGUCAAAAAGGCAACUUGCCUAGCUGAAGAUCUUGUUGCAAAAGACUUCCAAGUUUCAUGUAUUCAUGGUGACAUGCCGCAAUCUGAACGUGAUGCUAUCAUGAACCAAUUCCGUGGUGGCUCUACCCGUGUUCUUAUCUCUACUGAUAUUCUUGCUCGUGGUAUUGAUGUCCAGCAAGUUUCCCUUGUCAUUAACUACGAUGUCCCAACCCGUCGUGAAGUGUAUAUUCACAGAAUCGGUCGUUCUGGUCGUUUUGGACGUAAAGGUGUUGCAAUUAACUUCGUUACAGAAGACGAUAAGGCUACCAUUGACCAAUUGACUAAGUAUUACAGUACUUCCAUUAUAGAGAUGCCGGACAAUAUUAUGGAUCUUCUGUAA